CUCCCUGUUUCAGACCGGAAACUCCUGGAUUUACCACUGAAGAUCCCACACUAUCGUUACUCUAGAAAAUAGUCAGUUUUUAUAUAUUUUUGGUCUAAAAGUGGCGGUAACUAUUACUACUCCUGUGUGGACUUUAACCAUCCGACCAUCACCAUGGUGAACCACAGCCCAGCCCGCGUCGUGCUCAUGUUCACUGGAUUCUUUUCCUUCUUAGUUUCAAUCACAUUUAACUCUCUGUCAGGAUUCGGAGCAAAAUCAGGUGUUUUCAAGCAGUCAACAGAGGAUGUGACGCUCAAGUAUGGGACCCCCAUAACUCCUGCUCCGUGGGCUCUGUUUGUCUGGGACUUCAUAUAUGUCGGGGUGUUUGCCAUGUUCAUUUACUUCUUAGUGGGACUCUGCAGAAGGACGGCGUACGACUGGCUGUACACCACUCCCGCUGUGCUGCCUUAUGGAUUCCACGUCUCCCUCAUCCUCAGCAACUGCCUGAAAAUUACCUGGUUGUUUCUGCUUGACAGAGAGUGGUUGCUGCCGGUGCUGAUAAUCUCCAUACUGAUGACGCUCACCGACUACAUGAUCCUGUUCUUCUCCUGCUAUGGACUGAAGAUCUACGGAGCCUGGUUGAACAAAUACCACAACACAGACCUCUGGCUCAUCAGGUUGCUGGUGCAGAACGUCGUGGCAGUUUAUGCGACCUGGGGCAGCCUCUCCACUCUGCUAAACUUCACCAUGUUCCUGCAGCACCUGACUGAGACGUCUAAGUGUGAAUGUGCGAUGCUGGCUCUGCUGCUGCUUCUGAUGGGGCUGUUCGUCUGGUUCCUGUUGGAGAACUUCUACCUGGACGUGCACGUGCGUUACAUCGUCACCAUCUACCCCGUGGUGGUCCUGUGGCUGACGGGCACUCUGGACAACGCCGGCUCUCAGAAAAGUGACAUUUACAUCUUUGAAGCUCUGAUCCUGGCUAUUUCCUGCAUCGUGUUCGUGGCACGCGUCACCCUGGUGGCAUGGAAGCAUAACAAGCGGCCGCUGUACAGUGGACCCAGCCAGUCACCGGUGGAGAUCUCCUUAAAGCAAAGAAAACUCUUCCUCUGAGAAUCAUCUGCACUAUAAAUACUGUGAUUCAUGUCUUAAUGCUGCAGACAACGUGUGUACAAUAAGCUUUUUUACCAAAUAAAUAAAUGAAUGUACGUAAAGUGGAGAGUAUGUGGGAGAGAAACACACAGGGAACACAGGGAUUUUAGCCUCUGCAGACCAUUUACAUGCACUAAAACACACUAAACGGAAGGGAACACCACAAAAAGCAUGAUAUGGCCCCUUUAACCCUUCAACACACACACACACACACACACACGGCCAUGAUGAGUGUAAUCAAAGAGAUAACCUGCUAUAAAAUUGGAAAGAUAAUGCAGCGAUCCAAAGUCCACGAUAUUACAUUAAGGUGAUGAAUUAUUGUGCC